AGCUGAUUUUGUUGGAACAAUGAAAGCAGAAAAGUGGCAAAGCUGAAACUGUUUUGUAAACAAAUAACAGCUGGACUUUAAAAGGUUGACUCACACCUAGGGCCAGGCCAACACAAAUCAAAUCACCACAACAAAGACGAUGCUGCUAAGGUGCCAAGCUACGGGAUCAAGUGAAUGGCCUUCAGAGAAAAUUUAAAGUGAUCUUCUCGUGAGUCCAGAGGAAGAGUGGGAGCAAGUGAAUUGUGAUGAUCUCAUAGUCGGCAAACAAAGAAGAUGGGGACAAUGUGAGUACAACACUGCCUUCCUCGCCUUCUCCGGCCCAGUCCCCUCAACAUGGGCAGAGUCAAGGAUAGAGAAUCGGCCUUCAAAAAACAGAACUACCAAGAGUUGCGGAAACAUCACCUCGAGGAGAAAACGCUCUUCAUUGAUCCUACUUUUCCAGCUGUUGAUUCGAUAAUUGGGACAUCAAGUAUUCCGCCGAACAUACAAUGGAAGAGGCCGUCUGAAAUCUGUUCCGACCCACGGCUGUUUGUGGACAUAGAGACAUCACGCGUGGUUCGGCCAGGAGAGCUCAGCUGUAAUUGGGUUGUAUCAGCAUGCGCAGUGUUGGCCGGCGUACGCGAACUGUGUAACAGGGUGAUACCAGACUACUGGGAACAGGAAUGGUCAGACCGCUACUGUGGGAUGUUCCACUUCCAGUUCUGGCGGUUUGGCGUGUGGACCGACGUUGUGGUCGAUGAUCUACUCCCCACCGUGGACAAUGUACUGCUGACCACACAAGCAGGUGCACCUAAUGAAUUCUGGGCUGCAUUGCUGGAGAAAGCCUAUGCCAAGUUACAUGGGUCUUAUGAUGCCCUAAGGGAGGGGCACCUAUGUGAUGCACUGGUCGACUUCACCGGGGGCGUGUCAGAGGUGGUGGACCUUCAGGCUGAGGAGUUCUCAGAGAAUGAGGACAAGCGCGCGACACUGCUGGAGACCCUACUACAAGAAGUUUCUGACCAUUCCGUAAUGUGCUUCACUGUCGUGGCUCCAGUGUACACAGACAUUGGCACCCGCACACCUCUAGGGCUCAACCGAGGCCACGCCUAUCAUGUGACGGCAGUCCGGCGCGUACCACUUGGCGAGACCAACCUCCGCACCCUCUUCAAAGGCAGAGAGAAGGUGGCGAUGGUACGACUGAGAGACCCGAGAGAGCAAGGGCGGCGGCCGGCAACAGCCCCAAGUGAGGAUGGCACAGAGAGUGAGGGUCAGUUCGCUUACUCCACAGCUACACUCAUUCGUCUACUGUCGGCCAACUCGGAUUGGGCUCGGGUCUCAGAGACAGAGCGUCAGCGACUGGGGCUCUGCUUUAAUGACAAGUCUGAGUUUUGGAUUCCACUGGAGGAUGUUGUGACACAGUUCACAGAGCUUGUUAUCUGUCGGUUGUUGAACCGGAACCCAUUUGCGUUGGCUCGACGACGCUGGAACGAAUCGGCGUGGGUGGACAGCUGGCGCAGCGGUGCUCGUGGUACAACUGGAGAUCGGUCUGGCGGUGCAGAAGAAUUUAUGUUGCGUAAUCCUCAGUACAUCUGUGAUAUCAAGAAGCAAGAAGAGGAGUUGUUAGUGCAACUGAUGCAGUAUCAUGAAUUCAACAGCGAGUCAAAUGGUUUCACAAACUUUCUUAUUGGCUUCUUUAUUAUUAAGGUAGAGGAGAAUAGAGAGACAAGGCUGCACAAACAGUGGGAGCAUACUCCGACUGUAGUGAGUUUGGAUCAUAAACGGCGGCGGGAGGUCAACUACCGAGGGUGUCUAGCGGCUGGCCGCUACAUCAUCGUACCCACCACCUUCCGGCCUGGAGACAAGGCUCACUACAUGCUGCGGGUCUUCUCCCAGAAUGAUCUCAAUCUGAGGGAGUUGCAGAAUGACCUGCCUAAGAGUCUGUUGUGUUCGUGUAUCUCCGGCAAUGCUGAGUGGGUUACAGUGGUUACAAUACACAGGGCAGAACUCACAGCCCAGCCGGGCAAGUGGUCUUCCAAACUGAACCCCUACUGUGUGGUCACCUGCGAGGGUGUUAAGGAAAGAACACAGGUGGCGAGCGAUUCUGAGCCUGUGUGGGAAAGUUCAUUUGUCUUCUACAGGAAGAACUCAGAAAAGCCUUUGCGUGUUCAGGUUUAUAACUACAACAUGAUCCUGCCCAACGAUCUGCUGGGAGAGAACGAACUGCCUGCGCUUGUCACCCACUCACCCACAGCGCUCACCACAGUGCUCAACUCCCCGGAGAAACCAAAGGAUGGUGACAGCUCAGUACCCUCUUCUGGUACUCUCUACCUCAGCAUCCUCACAGAGGACAACCUCAUGGCGGUCUAGCUUUCUUCCUAUUUGAAAUAGAUAUUCUGUCCAAAAUUAUUAUAACCACCCCAAUAUGAUGUUUGCAGCCUAAGAAAACCACAAAAGGCCUAAAUAAUAAUUGAUAAUGUGUUAAA